AUGAACCAAGCCAAGGAAAAGGCCAAAGAAAAGGCAGCACCCAAAGUUGGCAAGCUCAAAGAACUGGCACAAAAGUAUGGUGCCUCGGGCGUGAUUGUGUACCUUGGUAUUGGCAUGGUCGAUCUCGGUGUGUCGUUUGCAGGCAUUCAGUUCCUGGGUCAAGAAAAGGUCAAGCAGCUGGAAGACACGGUGAUUAAUACGGUCAAUGGGUGGCGUGGAAAGCCUCCAAGACCUGAACGCACUGAGGAGACAGAGAAAGAAGAACAACAAAAGGCAUCACUUGCUUCGGUGUUUGUGUUGGCAUAUGGCAUCCACAAGACAUUGUUUUUGCCUUUCCGAGUCACCGUAACGGCAGCAAUUACCCCGGCAUUUGUCCGCAAGAUCCAUGCUCUUGGAUGGAACAAGUACGCGCCUCGAUUGUUUGGUGUCGCAAAAAAAGAAAUUGGCAAUGCAGCAGCUACUAAGGCAAUCAAGCCAUGA